UAUACUUUUAUCUUGUCAUGUUAGGUAGACCAUAGUUUAUAAAUUAUUUUUUAAUUUGUCCUAUGAAAAAAUUGUUAGUGGUUUAGUCGACCUAAAGAAAUGUUUUGUUUUCCUAAUGGGCUGUGUUCCUGUACUCCUCACGCUUAUUGAAAAGCCUGGUAUCUUUCAAUCACAGGACACCACUAAGAUCGAAGUUAUAUUAAUCAACGUGUCACGAUCUCCACACAAGACAUCGAUCGCGACAGCUGUACCAAUCAUAGCUUAUCAUGCUCUCCCUAUCCUGAAAUAUACGUGAGUUCGGCCCGAUUUUCUUAGUCAAUCAAUCUCUCUCUAGGUUCUGUGUGUCUGUGGAUGACUAUACAUACAGCGGCCCUGUAUAUAUAUAUGCGGAGCUGUCGACGAGCAGACAGUGAAACCCUACGAUAGGGAGUCUUUCACGAGUUUCCUCAUCCCUCUUUACAUUCAGGAACAAGGCAGCUGCCAAAUCACCACACACACACACACACAGAGCUUAAACUUUUAAUAAUGGCGGCGAUCGAUCCAACUCGUGGAUUUCUUAAAGAUGUGAAGCGUAUCGUAAUUAAGGUUGGGACAGCUGUGGUCACCCGAGAAGACGGAAGACUUGCCCUUGGAAGACUAGGAGCUCUCUGUGAACAGAUUCAAAUACUAAAUUCUCAAGGAUUCGAGGUUAUCUUGGUCUCAUCAGGUGCUGUUGGUGCAGGUAGACAGCGUCUCAGAUACAGGAAAUUAGUCCACAGCAGCUUUGCGGACCUCCAAAAGCCACAGGUUGAGCUUGAUGGCAAGGCAUGUGCAGCUGUUGGACAAAAUGGUCUCAUGGCACUUUAUGACACACUCUUCAGUCAACUAGAUGUCACAUCAGCUCAGCUUCUUGUCACUGAUAAUGACUUCAGGAGUCCAGAAUUUAGGAAACAACUCACUGAAACAGUCGAUUCUUUAUUGUCUUAUAAAGUGAUUCCUGUAUUUAAUGAAAAUGAUGCAGUUAGUACCCGUCGUGCUCCAUAUGAGGAUUCUUCUGGUAUUUUCUGGGAUAAUGACAGCCUGGCAGCUCUGCUAGCUUUGGAGUUGAAAGCCGACCUUUUAGUGCUGUUGAGUGAUGUGGAUGGUCUUUACAGUGGCCCACCAAGUGAUCCUCAGUCAAAGCUAAUUUAUACAUACAUUAAGGAGAAGCUUGAGAAUACAAUUACUUUUGGUGAUAAGUCAAGGCUAGGAAGAGGUGGAAUGACUGCUAAAGUCAAAGCUGCUGUUUAUGCUUCACAAGCUGGGAUCCCUGUCAUUAUAACAAGUGGUUUUGCUGGGGACAAUAUUGUCAGAGUACUUCAAGGACAGCGUAUUGGUACACUUUUUCAUCAGGAUGCUCAUACAUGGGUGUCAAAUGGGGAGUUAAAUGCACGUGACAUGGCAGUAGCAGCAAGAGAAAGUUCUAGGCGUCUUCAGGCCAUGUCUGCGAAAGGAAGAAAUGCUGGAUAUGAAACAUCUUUAGUGUCUCGGUUGGCUCUAAAGCCUGGGAAGGUUGCUAGUCUUGCGAAAGCCAUACGUGUGCUUGCAAAUAUGGAAGAGCCUAUUGGACAAGUAUUAAAGAGAACAGAGCUUUCAGAUGGAUUCAUCUUAGAUAAGACAUCAUCUCCUUUGGGUGUGCUUCUUGUUAUAUUUGAGUCUCGCCCCGAGGCUCUAGUUCAGAUAGCAUCAUUGGCUAUCCGAACUGGGAAUGGGCUUCUAUUGAAAGGGGGAAAGGAAGCAAAACGUUCCAAUGCUAUCUUGCACAAGAUAAUUACUUCGGCCAUACCAGAAAGUGUUGGUGGAGGACUAAUUGGACUUGUGACUUCUAGAGAUGAAAUUCCUGAACUGCUCAAGCUUGAUGAUGUGAUUGAUCUGGUGAUACCAAGAGGCAGCAAUAAACUUGUUUCUCAAAUAAAGUCUUCAACAAAAAUUCCUGUUCUAGGUCAUGCUGAUGGAAUUUGUCAUGUGUAUGUGGACAAAUCUGCAGACAUGGAAAUGGCAAAGAACAUAGUUUUGGAUGCAAAAACAGACUACCCUGCAGCCUGUAAUGCCAUGGAAACACUUCUUGUUCAUAAGGAGCUGAUGGAGAAUGGUGGUGUUAAUGAGCUUCUCAUAGAACUUCAAACUAAAGGUGUUAGCAUAAAUGGUGGUCCAAGGGCGAGCUCUGUGCUGAAUCUUACACCAGCACCCUCGUUUCAUCACGAGUAUGGUUCAAUGAAUUGCACCCUUGAAAUUGUGGAUGAUGUGUAUGCAGCCAUUGAUCACAUACACAAACAUGGAAGUGCACAUACUGAUUGUAUUGUUACGGAAGACCGAGAAGUUGCAGAUCUGUUUCUAAGUCAAGUGGACAGUGCUGCUGUGUUUCACAAUGCAAGCACAAGAUUUAGUGAUGGAUUUCGGUUUGGUCUUGGGGCAGAGGUUGGUAUAAGUACGAGCAGGAUCCAUGCUCGUGGGCCCGUAGGUGUUGAAGGAUUGCUUACAACACGGUGGAUUGCACGAGGAAGCGGACAAGUGGUGGAUAAUGAUAAAGGGGUUGUGUAUACUCACAAAGACCUUACCACCACGACGACCCAUAAUAAUAAUAAUCAUAAAGCAGCAGCUUAA